CACUAUUUUGUAAGCAUCUGCCGGUGAUUUGAGGCACCCGUGUACACAAUAUACACACAUUUUACAGAUUAUUUUAUUGUGGUAAAUAAGUACAAAGUUGUAAACAAAACGCCGAGAUGAGUGGCGGAACUAUGCUGUAUGGCGGCGAUGAGAUUGGUGCGUUAGUUUUCGACCCGGGCCACCAUUCGCUACGCGUGGGCUACGCUCAGGAAGAUUCGCCCAAAGCAGAAAUACCCUCUGUUGUGGGAAUUGGCAGCAGCGCGCCAGACACCAAUCUCGAUCCAGAGACAAAAACAGACAAUAACGUUACGCCAAACAAUGGCGACGCGCGAAAGUUCUAUGUGGACACAAACUACGUGAAUGUUCCUCGGUCGCAGAUGGAGGUGCAAACAUAUAUGAAGGACGGCAUGAUUGACAACUGGGAGCUGUUCGAAAAAGUCAUCGACUAUGCAUACGCCAAUGUCAUACAAUCGGAGCCAGAGUAUCAUCCAGUGCUUUUCUCAGAGGCAUCGUGGAACGUGCGAAACAACCGGGAAAAGCUAACCGAGCUUAUGUUUGAGAAAUACAAUGUGCCGGCCUUCUUUCUGGUCAAGAACGCUGUGCUGGCCGCGUUCUCCAGCGGACGUGCCACGGCCCUUGUAGUAGACAGCGGCGCCACACACACAUCGGCUGUGCCCGUCCACGAGGGCUACGUGCUCUCGCAGGCAGUGGUAAAGUCUCCACUCGGCGGAGAUUUUCUGUCUCGGCAAUGCAGGCAGCAUCUAGAGAAACUCAACAUAGACUUGUCGCCCGUAUAUAAAAUUGCCUCUAAGGAUGUGGUAAAAGAGCGCGACAACGCACGCUUCACUCUGCGAAAACUGCCUGAGAAUCUCACACAGUCGUGGCAGAACUAUAUGGUGCAGCUAAUGAUGCAGGACUUUCAAAUGAAUGUGCUCCAGGUGCUGGAGAAUCCUUUCGACGAGCGCGUCGCAUCCCAAAUACCCAUGGUUCAUUACGAGUUCCCCAACGGCUACCAUCAAGAUUUUGGUUCAGAGCGCUUUAAAAUUGCGGAAAGCCUCUUCGACAACGCAAUGCUAGGAGCGGGACAACUUUCGUCUACCAGCGUCGGCAUGUGCGAUGCCGAUGUUCGGUUAUCGCUGUUCGGUUCAGUUGUGGUCACAGGUGGCAACACACUGCUGCAAGGCUUUCCCGAACGUCUCAAUCGAGAUCUGCAAUUGCGCGCACCUUCGAACACGCGCCUUAAAAUGAUAUCGGCCAAUGGCAGUGUCGAGCGGAGGUUUGGAGCCUGGAUUGGUGGCUCCAUACUGGCCAGCAUUGGCACAUUUCAGCAGAUGUGGAUAUCAUCGCAGGAGUACGAGGAGGCUGGCAAGAGCCAAGUGGAGCGCAAGUGCCCCUAAGUGCAGCUCUGUCAAGCGACCGAAUUCCAAUUUUAAUUGUAAAGCUAGUAACCAGUACGAUGAUAUGAUUUAAUAUGUGAACUAUUUAAUGCGCACCUAAUCCCUUGGGCUGCUUUGUCAACUGGCCUAUAAAGGUUAUAUUACCGGGUCCGAUAAAUGUACUUGUAUUAAUUAUAUUUCCAAAAAUUGUAGUUUGUAUUCUUUAUCAAUUUAACGCAUGGCAACUUCUGAUUAACUAA